UCAUUAUUUUCCUUUUGUUUAUUCCUGUUUCAGAAGACAAAAGCCACACUUAUCUGGACAUGCAGCUUGGUAAUUUCCCUGAUUGUGGAGUCCUAUCAUGCUCAGAAGCUCAAUAUUCACUGGGGUCCUCAGUCCAUGAUGUACUUAAAGGGCAAGUAUGGCAAGAGGUUUGUUUUGGAGGACGACGCCAGUGUUUUGAAGCAGAGUCUUCAGGGCCUUACUGCACUCCUCCGAGGUAUCCAGAUGCUGCAUUCAUUGGAAUUAAAGAAAACUCUUAAAAUCCUGACUUUGGAGAAGAUCUUUAUUCAGAAUCUCCAGGAGAGAUGAGUCACUCUGUCUACUUCUAUAUGCAUUUGACCAACUUUACGUGUGAGCACUAAAUCUUAUAAUGAAGAGGUGCUACACUAACCUUUCUGAAUGAAAACUCUGAGUUUGUCAGUGAACUGUUUAAUUCCUGAUGUUUUUCAUGUGUUAGCUCUAGUUUUGUUCUUGAUGUAAAUAAAGAAAGAACUCUGUCAAUAAAAACUGGAGUGGUAAUGAGGUUUCUUAUUCCAUCUACUACACUAUGUACAUGAAGA